GCUAUCCAUACCAACAGCUGUUUGUUAAUUAGCGCUGUUGUGAAGGUUUAAUCGAGUGUUUCUGAACUCUGGGCAUCUGCGAGGUCUCACAGAAAGCAAAACAUUGGACAGACGAUCUCAUCUGUCUGUGUGGUCUAGUUCAGGGUCCGCUGACUCGACUGAAGGACCCGCUGAGCUCAGACACCACCCGGAGGAGAUCCCGAGGAAGGCGGAGAGUGAGGUUCAAGCUGCAGUUCCUCCGGGUGGCUCACUAUUAGCAUCUCCUUUCCUGAAAGGAUUCCUGGCCGGGUAUGUGCUUUCCAGACUGUGUUCCUCAGCCAUCCUGGGAGUGGCUUUGGGAACCUUGACAGGAAUCUACGCCGCUCAGAACUAUGAGGUGCCCAACAUCGAGACAAGCCUACGAGACUUCCUGAACUCUCUGAAGAAAGGACCGAGUGAUUAACAGUUCGUUAGCAACCCAGUUCAGACUGAAGAGGAAAACAUGCAUCAUUCAGCGUCACAUCGGAGCUCCUGCCCUCCUGAACAAAACUGUUGAAUUACUUAAAACUGUGGAUUGAGGUCUAUAUAAGCAGCUGUGGCUGACAGAUGCUGAGCAUGAUUGUGAUAGAUAAUGUUGGUUCGUCUGAAGCAGAACCUCCUCUUAGAAGACGCUGGCUUUGUCUCCUGCUUCUCCUGGUCCUUAUUUACGGUUCCCACGCUCCUCUCAUCUCCCUCACCAUAGUUGACGGCCGCGUUCCCUUCAGCCCGUCGUCAUGUGUGCUUCUGAUCGAGUUCAUCAAGCUCGUGCUUUCCUUCGCGGCUCUGGUGGCAUCUGGAAAUCUAUCCGGCCUCAAAAUAUCAGCGUGGACGGUGGCACCAUACGCCGUUCCUGCGCUUCUCUACGCUUUCAACAACAACCUAGUGGUGUUCAUGCAAGCCUACAUGGAUCCCAGCUCCUUCCAAGUGCUCAGUAACCUAAAAAUCGCGUCCACCGCGCUCCUCUACACGGCCUGCUUGGGAAAGCGGCUGCGACUGGGGCAGUGGCUCGCUCUGGGGAUGCUCGUGGCUGCCGGUGUUUGUCACAGCUACUCCGGUUUGGAAGGGGAAGCCUCAGACGAAUCCGCCGUCAGGCUCCACAUCACGUCCUGGGGUCUGCUGUUGGUGCUUGUCUACUGUUUCAUCUCAGGUUUGGCCGCCGUUUACACCGAACGGGUGCUAAAAACCCAGCGUCUGCCUUUGAGUCUCCAGAACUUGUUCUUGUACGUCUUCGGCGUGGGAAUCAAUCUGGCGUCGCAUCUCUCUGGCGGCGGGCAGCAGGGGUUUUUUGAGGGUUUCUCUGCCCUCGUUUGGCUCAUUAUCGCGGGACAGGCUGCUAACGGGCUCCUCAUGUCUGUCAUCAUGAAACACGGAACGGGAAUCACGCGGCUGUUCGUCAUCUCCUCUUCUAUGCUGGUGAAUGGGGUGUUGUCAUGGGGGAUUCUGGGAAUACAGCUCACACCUUACUUCCUGUUUCCUGUGGUGCUGAUUGGAUGGGCCGUGUACCUGUAUUACAGGUAGAUCGGACGGCACUGAAGAUGACUUUAUUGCUUUUUUAUUACUCUUUAUAAGUAGUGAAGCGCAGCGUUUCUCUGAUGGUUUAGUGUCUGUCUCCUGCUGUUUAUUUUCUCAGCAUGUGCCCUCAGAUAGCUCUGUCUUCUGCCUUUGUCUUCUUUCUAGAAGUCCUCUUACUGUGAAUGACCAUCAUCUCAAGACUGAAUGUUUUUUUUUUCAUAUGCAAAAUAAAAAUUCAUAUUUAAAAAAUCAAUGUUCAAU